CUCCAUUCAUCAUUGAUCCACUGCAGGACUGGGUUUCAGGGGCUGUGAAUUAUGGGCCCCUGCUGUCACAGUGACUGCUCUGCGUUUGGACAUUUCACCUCGACACUGUAAAUUUUGAAGGGGAGGAUUUCACAUUUUUGCUGACUACUAAUCUCAGGUCCAUAGUUUGGCCAAAAGCAGACAGACAGCCGGCCGGUACCCCCGACAGAAGACUUAGUGCGCAAUUGCAGAAUUUGGGAUUUUGAGGCUGCAAGAAACCGCAUUUUGGAUCAUAGGUGACCGUUUACUCUGCAGACUCCCUCUCUUUCCAAAUGGGAAAGAAAACAACGUUUUGUAGUUGACUGGGCAUUUUGGACGCGCUCGCUAAACGGUGAUGCUACGGCGGCGCGCAGGGACCGCUGAGGGAAGAGACAGGUGAGGUGCGGCUGAGGAGCUGCUGUUAUUUCUCUGAGGCUUUGGAUACCGAGAGCCGUGCUAUCCAUCAGACCCCGUUUCUCUACUGAGAGGGACAAGAGCGACCGGAGAGAGCGAGCUGGCGACUGGCACCUGCCUCCGCCUCCCUACCUGGCCAUCUGGUGCGUACAUCAGUGUUGCUGCCAUGGCGACCCUGGCUCCUCCCCUCACAUUUCUUCUCCUGCUGCUUCAACUGGCUGAUGGCUCUUUCCCAGAGGAACCUAGUCCUCUUAGCUACGUCCCCGUAGAGGUUGUGCGGAGGUAUCCAGUGUUCCUGGGCAGAGCUCAUCGUUCAGCUCAGAGACAAGAGCUGCACAUACAGACGGUCCUCCAAGUCAACCGCACGCUCUACAUAGGAGCCAGAGAUGAUUUGUACAGAGUGGAGCUGGAUAACAUGGCAGGUGAAGAAAUGUUCUUCAGUAAGAAACGGACGUGGGAAUCCAAUAAGAAUGAUAUUCGAGUGUGUCGGAUGAAGGGCAAACAUGAGGGAGAGUGCCGUAAUUUCAUCAAGGUUCUUCUCAGCCAGCAUGAUGGCCUGUUUGUAUGUGGAACAAACGCAUUCAACCCACUGUGUGCCAACUACACUAGAGACACCCUUGAAUUGGUGGGAGAGCCUGUGAGUGGGAUGGCCCGAUGCCCAUAUGAUCCACGACAUGCCAACGUGGCUUUAUUUGCAGAUGGAAGUCUCUUUACGGGUACUGUGACAGACUUCCUGGCCAUCGAUGCUGUGAUCUAUCGCAGCCUUGGCGACAGCCCCGCCCUCCGCACGGUCAAACACGACUCCAAGUGGUUCAGAGAGCCGUACUUUGUGAGCUCCAUGGAGUGGGGGCCUCAUAUUUAUUUCUUCUUCAGAGAGAUGGCCAUGGAGUUUCAUCAUCUAGAGAAGGUGAUGGUUUCCCGUGUGGCUCGUGUGUGUAAGGCAGACCUUGGUGGCUCUCAGCGCGUCCUGGAGAAACAGUGGACUACAUUCCUGAAGGCGCGGCUCAACUGCUCUGUCCCCGGAGAUUCACACUUUUACUUCAACCUCUUACACGCCACCAGCGGGAUCAUUCACAUGCAAGGACGAGACGUCAUACUUGGUCUCUUCUCGACGCCACCAAACAGCAUCCCUGGCUCUGCAGUGUGUGUGUUUGACAUGCAGCAGCUCGCUCAUGUGUUUGAGGGCAGGUUUAAAGAGCAGAAAUCCCCUGAGUCUAUUUGGACUCCUGUGCCGGACGAAGCAGUGCCUAAACCCAGACCAGGAGGAUGUGCAGUGCAGGGGUCCAGAUUUAGCUCCUCUAAUGCGCUGCCAGACGAGGUGCUGAACUUUGUGAAGACCCAUCCGCUAAUGGAUGAUACCGUUCCACUGCUGGGGCACAGACCCUGGGUGGUCAAGACUAUGGGACGGUACCAGCUGACAACCAUGGUGGUGGACACAGAAGCUGGUCCACAUAAGAACCGUACAGUUUUGUUCUUGGGCUCCACCAGAGGAACCAUCCUCAAGUUUCUGAUGAUUGUCAGUGGAGAUUCAGUCUCCCACAGCAGCGUGUUUCUGGAGGAGGUGGAAGGAUUCAACCCAGAGAAGUGUGGUGAGGACUCUCCUCAGGCCCGUCAGCUCUUGUCUCUGUCGUUGGACCGGACCAGCCACACUCUGCUACUGGCCUUCCCCUCCUGUCUGGUGCGAGUGCCCACGUCUCGCUGCCACCUGCACUCACGCUGCAUGAAGAGUUGUCUAGCCUCCAGGGACCCGUACUGUGGUUGGACCAGAGGUAGCACCUGCUCCUUCCUGAGACCAGGCACACGGCUGCCUUUUCAACAAGAUGUGGAAUAUGGAAACACCUCCUCCCAUCUAGGAGACUGUGAUGGAAUCCUGCAGCAGAGUUUGCUGAUAGAACCAGAGAGCUUGGUCUCCCUCAACCUGCUUGUGGCCUCUGCAGUCUCAGCGUUCACCAUCGGGGCGGCGCUCUCUGGCCUCGCCGUCUGCUGGAUCAUGGCCCACAAACCAAGCAACCGCCGCCAUGGCAACAGCUCCCAGUCUGCCAUCCAGCGACGUGAAAGAGGCCUUCUGAGUAGUGGCGGCGGGAUGGGAGGCUCUGUGCUUAGUGUGACAAGGCAGGGAGGUGGGGAGCGUCCCUGCACCCAGGGUGGGGAAACCCUGUUUGUCAUGCCCAAUGGGUGGGUGAAGUCUGGGGAGCUGGACCCGGGUUUCCUGCCGACCCCCGAGCACACGCCCCAGCAGAAACGCAGAGGCCUACGCCUGUCCGACUCCAACUCAGGAGGUUGGGACACCAGCCAGACAUACCUGGGGGGAGGGUCUGUGGGUCUGGGUUCCCCCUGUCGUAUCCCCCCCUCAGUCUAUCUGACUACCAGACUCUUCCAGCAAGGGGGAGGAGGGAGACACGGCGGCGAGGGACGAGGGAAUGACACACCACGCCAGCACUACGUCUGCCUGAGCAAGCAGGAAAAAGGAGGGAGGGGAACGCCCAAAGCCCCUCUCAGGAAGUCUGCAGGGGAGUAUGUGUACCCCAUGACCCCUCAGGACUCACCCGAGCGACGGAGGGUGGUAUCAGCACCAAGCGCCCCCAUGGAGUAUGGCGAGCCGCUACCUUUGCGCUGGCCGGCUCCUGAAGGAUACAUCCUGAGCAGCCACGGUAUGGUCCCCGUUUCUAUGCCUCCACCCUCCAUGCCCCCUCCAAGCGGCCAGGUCUACAUGUCCCAGCAGCACACCCCUGGGCUAAGCCGAGCUCUGCUGAGGGGGGCUUUGGAGCGAGGGGAGCUUGGGGAGCUGAUGGAUCUUAGCCAGCUGUUGAGCAAGAAGAACUGCAAUGACAGGACUCAGACUGGCCAGUGACUAUUGAGGAAAUGAAUAAAAUGUCCAGAACUCUGUUUUUGUUUACAUAGAUCUCUCUUUUCGUCCUUAUUCUGUCCAUCCUCCACGCCCCCUCCCUCUUUCCUUCUCUUUUCCUGACAUCUUUAUUUGUCAUUCAGCCUGCUCUCCUCUGUCAGUACCCCCCCCCCCCGCGCGCACGCCUUUUUUUGCCACCCUUGAUGAGUCUCUCUUUAUGACUGGCUGCUUGGUCUGCCACUCAUAUCCUGACUCAAGCUAAUUGGUUGGGUGGACUGAGGUUGUUGCUGUGUCUGCAUUGCAGAAUUACCUCUCUCUCUCUCCUGCCUGAGAGAGGAUGAGGAGAAAAGAAAGAAAGAACAAAAGAUCUAAAAAAAAGAAAAGAAAAGGGGGACAGCAGAGCAGGGGUUGCUCAGAGGAUGUGGAAGGUGAAAAAGACGGACAUAGCACUUAAAGCUGGCUUCGUGCAGAUUAUCUGUGGAUGAAGGAGUGGGAUACUGUCUCCCUCUUUGAUCACAUUAACAAGACCGCCACCCAUCUGUUUUACUCUAUAUUACCUGUUGGUCUGGUUGCCAACAAGGUUCUUUCAAUGAAAUUAUAAAAUCCUAACAUUGUGAAAGUACCUGAAGCUGGAGAUGACUCAUCAGCCCAAUAAACCGACUGUAAAAACAACUUUGAUGGAUGACAGGAAAACACAAAAUCCCUCUCUCUUUAUCUUUUUCCAUCUCUUCCUCUUUGAGACACACACAGCAGAUGCUAAUGUGUUUUUGUACAGGUGACAGAGUAUUUAGUAUUCUGUGUACACCAGAAGCGGGACGUGUGUGUGUGCUAAAAUGCCUCUAACCUUGUCUCAUAGGGAUAUGGGACCAUAACUCACGUCUUUCUGGAGCAGAGUGCAGGACUGAAAUGUCAGCACUAUUUCUGCCAACCGCAUGCUCUCUGUUCGUUUGCCUUCUUACACGCCAUGUAUUUUUUAAUGACCAAUAAUUCCAAGUGGACGUCUGGGGAGAUUGCACCAGAAAACUGAGCCUACUACAAAAUAAGAGCAUGACUGAAAGAAAGGAAAAAGGGAGAGAGGGAGGUGUUUUGGGAAAGUAUGCAGACUGCAAUAUAUAAACCCUGUCCUUUCACUGUCACCUGAGGGUUUUUUCGCAAGUACACACACACAUCCAUUAGUGCUCCAUUAUAGGACACAGUCUGGUUUUAUUGGGCAAAAUUUCCCCUGAAGCCCACAGUGGGUCAAGGUCCUAUAGAUGUGAUACAGAACAAAGUGACAGUUACAGUGGUGAUGACUAAAACCCCGGGCUUAACUCAGAGCCAACAGGGGUAAUGGAAAUGUUCCCAGCAGGCAAAUGGGACCAUAUAUUUAGCCCUUCAAAGUGUCAUGGCACUGGACACGUAUAGAUCAACACAACAUGGUAUGAGUGUGAAAGAGAUCAAGGUCAUAAAAGACAGACAAGAUAAAGAAAGCAAGUAUGAGACGCUGAAAUGAGGUGCACUACAACGUGUUAGAAUUUGAUAUAUUCAAACUGAUUUUCACUUACUGUGCCAGUCCCAAGUUGACAAAUGAAUGAAGUUAGUGCUGACUUUGCAGCAAUAUAUGGUUGAUUUGUACAUAGUGACCUUUCAUUUAGAUGAAAUUAUAAUGUUAGAGUAACUCCAAAAGUGACACCAGGGGCUGGCUUGCAAAAAAGACAUAACACGUAUCAUGCCAGUAUUACUUGAAAUGAAUGAAAAUCUGUUUUCAUAUAGGCUAAGUUUCAUAUUAGACGGCUCUGAUAUUCAAAUUGGCAAAACACUUGUAUAUAAACAGAGCCCUCGUUUUUUUUACAUCUGAGUGCCAAAAGCAGGUUAUGAAUGAUCAACUGAUGCCUGAUUACUGAAGCAAAAACACAAAGAGAAACUUGUUAAUAAGUGCCAUGAGGAUUGUUUUCGUCCGCAGAGUUGGAGAUCUGUUUAUUGCAGUAUAUUUGUUGUGUUUGCCUUUUUAAACAUACCCGCUGAAUGUAUUUUUUUAUUUUAUUUUAAUGUGAGUGUGUGUGUGAGGUUGAAAUCAUUUGUCCAUCUCUAUCUGCUGAAUGUUUUCAACAGUGUUUGAAAGGUCCUUGUAAGAGCUACUCUGACACUUCACGAUGCCACGCGUGUAUACUGUAAAUAAUGUUAAGACGGAAAACCUUGUCAUCCCCUUUAUGAUUAUACUGAAGUAUUUUCACUGAUGCCAUGACAUAAAGAGUGUUAAUUCCAGGACAGCUGAUACAUUAAUAAGUAGUUCAAAAGCAAAACUUCAAAUGAACAGAAACGCUCAGAGGGAGCAUUGUGUGUCUCAUUUGGUGUCCUGAUUCUUGACUUUUCUUGACAAUUUGUAAAAAGAAAAAUGUAUUAGAAAGAAAUCAAUCCUUAAUUAUCGUGAUAUCAAAGAGUUGUUUUUGUUGAUUUUUGAAUCCCCAAAAAGAAGUCAAGCAUUUACUCUUUGUUGGUUCUUUUAUUUCGGGUUUUGCUUUUGGUCAUUUUGUCAUGAACAGUCUUGGUUUCAAACUGUCACUUUGGGUUCUGGGAGAUUGUAUUGAGCAUUUUCUCAACUUUCUCAUAUUUCUAGACUCAACGAUUAGUAAUUAAAUUGUAAAAUAUAGACAGCAAAUGAAUCUAUUACAGGAAUAAUUGUUUGUCGCAGUUCUAUUCUGUUGUUAAGUGAUCGUCUGUCUGACAUUACAAACUAACUGCCAUACUGAAAGACCUUGAAAACACUCGUCAGCAUCCUGGGAGAAUGAAUGUACUCGUUUUUUCUUUUUGUCGUCAUUUUUCUGUGCAGUAAUAAGGAAAAGCACAAAAACUUGAUUUCUCUUCUUUGCAUUUUGAAAGGGGAAUGUUUUUCUGUAUCAUUUGUGAAUAGUGUAAAUAACCAUGCUGAAGGUAGUGUAUAAGUUUGGUUGUCUGGGAGAGUCUUCUGAGACAGGACUGUCUGAAGUAUGAUUUUUUUUUUCUCUUGGUGAUGAUGCUGUGAAUAAGAUGUAUGUACAGUAUUACGUGAUUUGGGGCUGACUGCUGGGUUCAGCUGUUUCCCUGUUAUUAGAGUAGAGUCGCAGGCGGAACUGAGCCUUCUCAUUUGACUGAUGCCUGCCGAGUUUUUGCAGUUGCUAAGAUACUGCUGUUAUAAUAACCAUCAAUCUUUUGAGUACUGCUAUUAAACGGCAUUAUAUAACUGA